AUGUCUACACCACACAAAUCACAUAAGCGACAGAAGUCCUCUGUACUGAAUCCCGGGUUCUAUUUUGUCAACAAAGACCAACCACAGCUACCACCAACACAACAGCAAUCACAACAGUCGUUACCUUCAUUUAGCCACCAACAGGGCCUACCUCCAAACGAAGAGCAUGACCCGUAUCCAAACUACAAUUUUGUCGCCCCCGAUAUGAACCGGUCCAAAAUAUCCGCUUCGGGUAGACUACCGGGGGACUAUCUGCAUGAAACGCAACAAGGAUCACCGUUGAAACGCGGAGCGUCAUCUGCCUUUGAUCACGGCUCCGAUCUCCCAAACAUUGCAACUUCUUCACUGGUGCAACCGCAGCCUUCAUUUUUCUACCUGGUAAGUCAUUACCAUGACCCUUCAGUCCAAUCGCAGCAGCUGCAGCAAAAUUCGGCUACAAAUGCCCCAACUUCGUCGUCAUCGGAUCAAAGCUCAACGUUUCAACCUUCUCAGUACCACCAGCCUCAACUACCGAUGUUUGGUGGUGGUGGUGUAACUGCACUUGCGCCUGCGCUUGCACCUUCGUCAUUUGCUUACAACACGCAUUCCCAACCAUCCAUGUACGCCACCAUUGAAGGCAGUGCGCUGAACAACCUAUCGUCAUUUGCCCAUUCCUACACCGCAACAAGUAGCAAGCAGUACCCCAUGCCUGCCACCGGCUUUGCUCCUCCGCCACCACCACCUCCUCCUCCUCCUCAUGCUCCUUCUUCAUCUUUAGCAUCUUCGUCUUUUGCAACAGCUGCAACGCCGCAGCCAUUGGGGACGGCCCCCAUGGCCGCGUCAACUACUACGCCAACUACAGCAUCGGCAUCGGCAUCAGCGUAUAACCGCCACCAAAAGAAUAAUUUGUCAAUUUCGUCGCAUCUCACCUUGUUUAAUUUAAACAGUCACCCGAAUGAACCACUAUCAGAACCGUCAUUGAAGCGAACGGGAAAGGAAAGCAAUGCAGUGUUGAACGACUUGAUCUUUGGCUUGACCAGUGUUGAUGGCUCCAACAUCAACAAUUUCCUUCUCUCUGUCCUUUACAAGAUCAACUUACCAUUCCCAUUAGACGACUUCUACAACUUGCUUUAUAACAAUGACCGCCAGCGGCCCUACGUUAGCAAUUUCAACUUCCACCAGAAACUAGACAAGACACCUGUAUCGCCCAGCAGCUCCGAAAUCAGCAUCCACAUUAUCAACUCGUUGUUAAACACUUUUAAAAACCCCAGCUCCUUAACUGACUAUUUUCCCGCGCAUGACGAUAAAGAAAGCAAAUUAAACACCAUCAACUACCACGAGUUGCUUCGAACGUUUUUGGCGAUCAAAGUGCUCAGUGAUAUGAUGAUACAAUUACCGCUCACGUCAGAUGAAGAUCCGCAAAAUUACACCAUACCAAGGCUAUCCAUCUACAAGACUUACUACAUCAUUUGCCAGAAAUUGAUUGCGAGCUAUCCAAGCUCGUCAAAUACCGCAAGCGAGCAGCAGAAGUUGAUAUUGGGCCAAUCAAAAUUGGGCAAGUUGAUCAAGAUGGUGUAUCCGAAUCUUUUAAUAAAGAGAUUGGGCAGUCGUGGCGAGUCGAAAUACAACUAUUUGGGCGUCAUUUGGAAUGAAAACAUCAUCAACGACUCGAUGAAGCAGUUGUGCGAGGAGAAUGAAUUGCAAGACUUGACUGAAAUCUUUAGCAGCGAUAAUGCAAAUGCCAAUUCAAACAGGCCAAAUCCAUUUAUGGCCUCGCUCGGUCCGCCCCCUGGUGACGUGUUAUCAAACAUGAGCACGCCAAGGAAAUCCCACCGGCGCCUUUCCUCCAAGCUGAAGAUCAAACUAGGCCAGAUUAGCGAGUCGUUUCCUGAUCUGGGAGACCACAAUGGUGGCCGUGGUAUUGGUGGUGAAGAUAAUGACAAUGAUGAUGACGACCAGCAACAACAACAACAACAACACCAGCACCACCAUCACCAUCACCAACACCACCAACACCACCACCAAAAGGAAGAGUUGCAAGUUGCAAAUCCGAUUUCAUCGCCGAGAUUGUCAUUUGUCAAGCCCUUUUUAAUGUAUCCCAACGACCAGAACUUUACCGUGUUGGCCAAGAAUGAACGAAAUUGGUUUCAAACUUUGCUUGACAAUGUAUACUCACAAAAUCCACACAUUGAUCGCAACUUGGUUGAGCUGAUACUUUUGCAAAAUGCCAACUUGAAGAAUAACUUUAGUUUGUUGAGAAACCUUAUUGACUCGGUCAUCAAGCCGCUUCUGGACGACAGGAUAACUUUUGACAAGAAGAAUGUCGAUUUGUCCUUGUACCUAGUGAUUGUGUUGGAAGUGUUGCCGUAUUUGCUUUUGAUCAAGGCCUCCGCCGACAUCAACUUGCUCAAGAACUUGCGGUUGAACUUGUUGCACGUCAUCAACAACUUGAAUCUGGAGUUGAAAAAUGUCGACUCGAGCAAGUUUCCCUUGAGCAACUCCACCAUUUUCCUCAUUCUGUUGAAGAAGCUCAUCAAUCUCAAUGACUUGCUCAUCACUUUUAUCAAGCUAAUCAACAAAAAGUCGUCCAAGAGCAUGAUGUCAACGGACAUUGAAAACUUUCUCAAGAUCAACUCCCAGACCAUCAAGUUGGAUGAAGAUACAGGUGACAGCAACCACAAUUUUUUCUUCAAUUUGAGCACCACGUCUAUGGGGGAGAUCAAUUUUAAUUUCAAGAACGAUAUCUUGUCGAAUGAUUUGAUCUACACGUUGAUUGGAUACAAUUAUGACCCCAAGGUCAACAGUGAGUUGAAAUCAUCGAUAUCGAUGAACUUUAUAACGGAGGAAAUCAACAUCAUUGACGAGUUUUUCAAAAACGACUUGCUCAAGUUUUUGAGCUCGAGCUAUUACGACGACGACUAUGAUGAUGACGACGAGUCGGGCUCUCAAGUUGCAACCAACUUGCACAACAUUGACACGCAAGUCGAUUCGGUCCCACAGCUGGGUGACUUGUCCCAGUCGCAGUUGCAGUCGCAGUCAGCAGGCUCGCAAAAAGUUCCAGGGGACGGUUCCGAGACCGUGCUAACAGCAGGAGAAAUGGCCAAAUUGAACUCAUUGAUUGGUCUUAUUGACAUUAAGCUACUUUCUUCUCAUUUCAAGUCAAAGUAUCCCAUCUUGAUCUACAACAAUUACAUUGCAUACAUUUUAAACGAUAUUCUCAAGUACAUUUUCCUCAAGCAGCAGCAAGCUCAAUUACAGCAACAGCAGCAACAGCAGCAACAACAAAGAGCAUCCGAAGAUAGUGGUCUGGAAUCACAACAACCAAAGAGCAGCAAUCCGCUUGGUGAGAAUAGUUUUGGAAACUGGUGGGUAUUCAACUCAUUUAUUCAGGAAUACAUGAGUUUGAUGGGGGAAAUCGUCGGGUUGCAAGAUUGCAUUGCACAGGGCUGA